AUGUGGGCUGUCAGCCCGGCUGACAGUCCCGUAUGGGCUGGCGCCGAGAUGACAGCCCCUUUGGGCUGUCAUUUCGAUGGAAUUACGUUAAGGAUAAUGGCAGGUAACCAGGUGGUUGUGUUGAUAUGUCGUCAUUCCGAAUAUGAUGGGCAUAGAGAUGAUGUGGAUUUCAACAUUGCUCCUCAAAAUGCCGUGUUCGUCUCUGCAACAUCUUCAUUCGAACAGUUAGUCGCCGAGAUUAAGAAUUGUUUUCAAAUUGGAGACAAUGUUGGUGCUAUAUUGUUAUGGGGAAAAUUUCAGCCAAAUCAAUCUCUGGGUGAUGUAGUUUAUCCAUUUCCAAUAACCGAUAAUCAGACAUGGUCAUAUUUUUUGGGGGUUAUGUCAACGUUUGGGGCGCUAGUGGUUUUUGUGAAACUUUCACUGCCUUUCCAUUCAACAUUGAACAUGAACAUUGUUCAAGGGGGUACUAGCGUUGACCGCACGCCCAUUAGAACAUGUGAAACACGAAGGCGUAGUGUUGGUCGAUCACGACAAAGCACGCAAGCAGAGCACAUACAGAUAGUACCAAUGGAUCAUCUUAUUUGUGACGCGAAUAAUGCCAUUUUAGACGAAGAAACAAACACAAGUGGGGAUGAAUGUUUGUUUCCUUCCGAUGAUGAUGAUGACGACCCUGAUUAUGAGCCCGUUGAAGAGGUUGAAUCGUCUGCCAACACGUCCAUACAUGAUACGGGUGCUCGUCCGCCAACACAUGAUCCGGAUUGGUACAAUGAUUAUACAUCAUACGGGAAUGCUUUUCAAACUGCUAGUUCGUCCAUUGGAGUUGGAAUGGUGUUCGACAGCUACCGACAGUUAAAGAAUAUGGUGACACAACACAAUCUUGACCAACAUACGCAGUUUAAAACGGCGACCAAGAAGAGCAAAUAUUGGAAGGCUACCUGUUUAUAUCCCCAACAGUGUGCGUGGAUGAUUAGUGCUGCGCAGAUCCAAGAUUCCGAUGCAUGGAAAGUUAAAAAGUUUCAUAAUAUCCACGGAUGCCGUGUGGACUAUACGGAGGGCGGAGAUGACUACAACCUUACCAGUAAAGUGAUUGCGGAACUAAUUUUGCAAAAAAUUGCAGAUGAUCCGCGAUACAAAAUUAAAUACGUCAUCGAAGAUGUCAAGGCAAUAUGGGGUAUUCGGGUUGAUUACAAGAAGGCUUGGUACGCAAAGGUCAUCGCGUUGGAGACGCUGUAUGGAAAGUGGGAUGAGUCCUACAACAUAUUGCCACAGACGUUAAUGGCCAUACAGCAAACAAAUCCAGAUUCCGUUGUUGAUACUGUGUACACGGAAACGGGAGUCCCGAAUGAGUUUCGAUUUAAGUAUGUGUUUUGGGCAUUCAAACCGGCAAUUGAAGGGUUUAAACACUGUUUACCCGUACUUACGGUCGAUGGGACGCAUUUGUACGGAAAGUACAAAGGACACCUUCUAUUAGCAGUAGCUAUAAAUGCCAACAAAGAAAUACAUCCAGUUGCAUACUCAAUUGUUGACGCUGAAACAGGAGAUAGUUGGAUUUGGUUCCUGAGAUUGCUGGCUGAAAAUGUUUUUGGCGAUUUGGAACACAUUUGUAUUAUCUCGGAUAGGCAUGGUGGCAUCGACCAUGCAUUUCGGGAAGUACCUGAACUGGCCGAGCCGCGGGUCCAGCGUCGAUACUGCCUCCGACAUUUGUGGUCAAAUUUGAUGACCAAGUUUAAGAACAAGGAAUUAAAAAAUCUAUUUUGGCAGGCUGGUUGUGCUAUGGAUGUUCGGGGGUUUGAGGCGGUAAUGAGUAUAAUUCGGGCAACUGAUGAGGCGGCAUAUAAUUACUUGAUGGCAAUCCCUGCCCGGUUUUGGGCCCUAAGUCACGAUGGGGGAUUUAGACAUGGAUUGAUGACGACCAACAGCUCGGAAUCUUUCAACAACAGCCUAAAGCGUUGUCGUCUUCUGCCCGUCUCGGCUAUAGUGAAGCUAACGUACGAAAAAGCUGCUUUAAUGUUCGCCGAGAGGCGUACAGCUGGAAUGGUAAUGCAACAAGGGGGGUUGCAAUGGCCACGUAAUAUUCUUGAUGAGAUGUUGAAAAGGGAAAGCCACAAGUACCGCGCCAUUGUAAAACGCCAUGACGACCUUGACGGUAUUUAUUCGGUUGAGAUUGAAGGUGAUAUAAAUAGGUACGGGAGACCGAACUUCGUGGCGAUUAACAUCAACGAACAGGUUUGUAACUGUGGCCAGUGGUCUGUGGACGGACUGCCAUGCAUUCAUGCACAUGCGGCGUGUCAUUACGUUGGUAGAGUCCCCGAUGCUAUGGUUCUGGAUAAAUAUUCUCUUGCUAAGUAUCUCCUAACUUAUGAAGGAACCAUCAUGCCUUUAUUGUUUGAAAAUUAUUGGCCAGUCCCAUCUUUUACGACGUUGCCCCCAACAGUUCGACCUGCUGCUGGUCGACCAGGUCGUCGCGCGAGCACAAGAAUUCCGAACGAAAUGGAUUUGAGGGGAAAGCGUUGUAGUGUUUGUCGUUCAGCCAACCACGAUAUUAGACGAUGUCCACGAUUGCAAAGGGAUUAA